GAGAGAGAGAGAGAGAGUGCGCCUGCGCAGUAGCCUCUGCCUCCCUUUCGCCCGCGCCGUUAGCUGCCGCUAUACGCUGGGAAUAAUAAUAAUAAUAACGUUAGAACGGUUAGCGGAGGCAGAGCGAGCGAGAGAGAGAAGAUGGAGGGCCAGUGAGCCCCGGAUCCCCAGCAUUAAGGGUUGGAGCUGAAGAGAAUGAUAGGCUCUUCUCCGUAACUGCAUCACACCCAGACAACACAACUGCAGAAAUGACCCAUUCCUUCCAUAGCUGCAAGCUGUAGAGCAAAGGUGGAGCUCUUCUCAGCAGCUGAAGAUGUACUUGCCAUAGUGAACAUAACCGUGCACUGCUAAAGGAUGACGUAGUCUUGUCAGGCUUUAUAACCUAAAAAGAAAAUGAGCUUAACAUCCUGGUUUUUGGUGAGCAGUGGAGGCACCCGCCAUAGGCUGCCACGAGAGAUGAUUUUUGUUGGAAGAGAUGACUGUGAGCUGAUGUUGCAGUCACGCAGUGUGGACAAACAACAUGCUGUAGUCAACUAUGAUGCUUCUACUGAUGAACACUUAGUGAAAGAUUUAGGCAGUCUAAAUGGAACGUUUGUGAAUGACGUACGAAUUCCAGAGCAGACAUACAUCACUCUGAAGCUUGAGGAUAAACUGAGAUUUGGCUAUGAUACCAAUCUUUUUACUGUAGUUAGAGGAGAGAUGAGAGUCCCCGAGGAAGCACUUAAGCAUGAGAAAUUUACCAGUCAAUUGCAGUUGUCCCAAAAAUCCUCAGAGGCAGAAGGAUCAAAGAUGACCAGCGCCAAAGCUUCAGAGCCAAAGGUACAAGAUAUCAUUUCUGAUGUGCACAACAAAACUAUAGAGACACUCAAAUCAGAAGAUAAAUCUGCAGAUCUUUCUGCCAUGCCUCGAGGUACACCAUUGUACGGGCAGCCAUCAUGGUGGGGUGAUGAUGAGGCAGAAGAACAGAAUGGAUACAAACAAGACAGCAAACCUGAAGAGAAAAUCCAAGAUCCUGGAGUGCUAGGAUGCAGUACAGAUGCCAAGCAAGCUGAGGAGCAAUCUGCAGCUGCAAGUGAAGAAGAAUCUUAUGCUUUCUGUAGGGAGCCCAGUUACUUUGAAAUCCCUACAAAAGAAUUCCAGCAACAUUCACAAAUACCUGAGGGUACUAUUCAUGAGAUCCCAACAAAAGACAUACACAUAGCAGGGGCAGGGCAUGCUUCAUUUACUAUUGAAUUUGAUGACAGCACCCCAGGAAAAGUAACAAUCAAAGAUCAUGUCACAAAAUUCACUCCAGAUCAACGCCACAAGCCUAAGAAGCCUUCUCCUUCUGGUGCUCAGGAUUUUCCUGGGCUUCAAGCUGUGAUGUUGGCACCAGAGAGUAAAGUGGCAAACUGGUUAGCACAAAACAAUCCCCCAACAAUGGUCUGGGAAUCAACAGAGGAAGAUUCAAAAAGUAUUAAGAGUGAUGUCCCAGUCUACUUGAAAAGACUGAAAGGAAAUAAACAUGAUGAUGGGACACAGAGUGAUUCAGAAAAUGCUGGGGCACACAAGCAUUACAGUAAACGGGCAGCACUUGAAGAGCAGUUAAGGCAUCAUUAUGCAGAACAGAGAAAACUGCAUUCAAAAGCCCAAGAUACAGAGAAGCAUUCAGAACAACCAGUUGCAAGUCAGACUGCGUUUAUGAUUGAGUUUUUUGAUGAAGGCCAUCCUCGGAAGAGAAGAUCAUAUUCUUUUUCUCAAAAUGUGGGAACUUUAUGCCCUGAAAUGUCUUCUCCAGCAUCCCAUGCAAGAACUGAAAAAGUGAGACCUGCAUCAGGUGACUCCAAAGGGUGUUUAUCACCUUCACAGAAUAGUUCUACACAACAAAGAGCUGUACAUGCAAAACUUUUAAAGCAAAAAUCAGAAGAACCUUCUGCUGUGUUACCUUUUUUACAGACUGCAUUGCUAAGAAGUUCUGGAAGCCUUGGGCAUAGACCAAGUCAAAACGAAGACAUGGAGAAAAAGUUAAAAAGCCAGGUGGUUUUGGCAACUAUUGAAAAGGAUGAUGAUGAUCAAAGUGAUAAAGGUACUUAUACUAUUGAACUGGAAAACCCCAAUGCUGAGGAAGUGGAAGCUCGCAAGAUGAUUGAUAAGGUUUUUGGAGUGGAUCACAGCCAGGAUUAUAAUAGGCCUCUUAUCAACGAGAGCGAGAAAGAUUUAGUAAAAGAUUGGGCUAUAAAUUCUGCUACAGUAGUGCUGGAAGAAAAAAGACCACUGAGUACAACUGGAUUUCUUGACACAGAGGAAAGCACUGGUGCAUCAGGAAGCAAACGCUGGGUGUCACAGUGGGCUAGUUUGGCUGCUAAUCAUACAAAACAUGAAGAAAGUGAAGUACGAAUGGAGACAUUUGCUCCUGCUCAUCUAGAACAUGACACUGACAUCAGUGAAUCUGGCCUAUCAGUUCGAAGUACAGGUUCUGCUGCCUCUUUAACCAGCCAAGGAGAUCGAAAGAGGCGGACACUUCCACAACUGCCAAAGGAGGAAAAUGUCAUAGAAGGUCAAAGAACAAAAGUUACAACUCAUCAAAGAUCAGAGAUAGGUGAAAAACAAGACACUGAACUUCAGGAGAAGGAAACUCCAACACAUACUCAAAAAGAAAUAGGACAGACUAUUGAUAAAAGCCUGACUAAAGCAAGCGUAGCAAUGAAUGGUCUUUCUCCUAAAGCAGACAAGACAUUUUUUCCAUCUAACAAUUGCUUCCCUUCUGGUGAAAAUGGCAAGGAAACAUCAGUUGUGAAACAAGCUUUAGCUAAAAUUCAGCAGCAGGAACAAAAUGAGGCAACACAUUGGGUCUCCACUAAAUUGUCUUCUGCAAAAACUACAAAUCAAGUUGAAAGAGGAAAGGAGGAGUCUUCUGUUUCCCAUAAAAUAAAUAAUAAAGAAAAGUCAUCUGCACGGAAUGCUGGCAAAACAGAAACUAAGACUGUACAAAGUGAAGGGAAAAGAAGAAAACCAGAGGAAACAACAAAAUGUCAAGUUACUAAAGGAUUUAGUGGUGAAAAGAAAGAAGGAUCAAAGCCAUUAGUGAGACAAGGCAGUUUUACUAUAGAUAAACCAAGCACAAAUAUACCCAUAGAAUUAAUCCCUCAUAUUAAUAAACAAACAGGAGCUGCUCCAGCAUCGUUAUCUUUAAUGUCUACCAACAGAAGUGAGAAAAGUGAUUCAGUUGAAACAGAUUCCAGUCUAGAUACAACACUUAUAUUAAAAGAUACUGAAGCUGUAAUGGCUUUUCUUGAAGCUAAGCUACGUGAAGAAAACAAAACAGAUGAAGGACCCGAAACUCCCAGUUAUAAUAGAGAUAAUUCCAUCUCACCUGAAUCAGAUGUGGAUACUGCUAGUACAAUUAGUUUAGUCACUGGAGACAGUGAAAGAAAACAAACUCAGAAACGCAAAAGCUUUACCACGCUCUACAAAGAUAGGUGUUCCACUGGUUCUCCUUCAAAGGAUGUUUUAAAAUCAUCUUCUACAAGUGCUAGAGACAAAAUUGAAAAGAAAACGAAAAGCCGUUCUUCAGAAACCGGUUCAAGAGGGGACGCACGUAAGAUUGUACAGAGCAGUGGAAAAAUAAGACAACCUUCAGUAGAUUUAACAGAUGAUGACCAAACGUCCAGUGUACCCCAUUCUGCCAUUUCUGAUAUUUUAUCUUCUGACCAGGAAACAUGCUCUGGCAAGUCACAUGGAAGGACACCUUUUACCUCAGCAGAUGAACACUUGCAUUCCAAAACAGAAGGUAUCAAAUCAGCAAAGUUAAAGUCUUCCCCAGCAUCAACUGUUCCAUCCAGUAAAUCAACUACUCUUCCAAGGCCUCGUCCCACAAGGACUUCUCUGUUACGUAGAGCACGACUUGGAGAAGUUUCAGAUAGUGAACUUGCAGAUGCGGACAAAGCAUCAGUAGCUUCUGAGGUAUCUACUACAAGUUCUACAUCCAAGCCUCCAUCAGGAAGGAGAAAUAUUUCAAGAAUUGACUUGCUUGCUCAGCCACGUAGAAAUAGACUUGGUUCUUUAUCUGCACGAAGUGACUCUGAAGCAACAAUAACUAGAAGCACUGCUUCAUCUCGAACACCAGAUGCUGUAAUUAGAAGUGGCAUUAGGCUAACACCUCCAGGAGAUAGUACUAAAGUUUCUCCUAGAAUUAGAGCGAACAGCAUUUCUCGGUUGUCCGAUUCCAAAUCCAAAUCUUUGUCAUCAGCCCAUAAUGCUUCCUCAGAGGCAUACCGUCUUCUCCCAGACCCAGAUCCUGCUCUUGAAACUUACAGUGUAAAUUCAAGAUGGAGGCGCUUUCCUACUGAUUAUGCUUCCACCUCAGAAGAUGAAUUUGGAUCAAACCGUAAUUCUCCUAAACAUGCCCGUCUACGUACUUCUCCAGCUACGCGACUGCAGAGCACUGGAACCCCAACACAAACUAGCAAUAUCUUCAAGCAUAGGAUAAAGGAACAAGAAGACUAUAUUCGGGAUUGGACUGCACAUCGAGAAGAAAUAGCAAGGAUCAGUCAAGACCUCGCUCUCAUCGCACGGGAAAUCAAUGAUGUAGCAGGCGAGAUAGAUUCAGUGACUUCAUCAGGCACUGCUCCUAGUACCACAGUAAGCACUGCUGCCACCACCCCUGGCUCUGCCAUAGACACUAGAGAAGAGGUAGGAGAUCUUCAUGGAGAAAUGCAUAAGCUAGUUGACCGUGUAUUUGAUGAAAGCUUAAACUUCAGGAAGAUUCCACCAGUAGUAAAUGUUAAAACACCAGAUGGAAACUCCCGUCCUAAUGAAUCCAAACCACAAGCUGCAGAUGUACCUGAACCCCCCACAAUUACACGCCGUCGAACAUGGAGUAGGGAUGAAGUUAUGGGAGAUACCUUGCUGUUAUCCUCAGUCUUCCAGUUUUCCCGGAAGAUUAGACAAUCUAUAGAUAAAACAGCUGGUAAAAUUAGAAUAUUAUUUAAGGAUAAAGACCGGAACUGGGAAGACAUUGAAAAGAAACUGCGAGCUGAGAGUGACAUCCCAAUUGUAAAGACAUCAAGCAUGGAAAUAUCAUCUAUAUUGCAAGAACUGAAGAGAGUUGAAAAACAGCUGCAAGUGAUAAAUUCAAUGAUUGACCCUGAUGGAACAUUGGAUGCUCUGAGUAAUUUGGGAUUUGCUGCCUCUGUUCAAGUAGCUCAACCUAAGCAGAAGUCCAGUCCUGUUUCUCAAAGUGCCCAACCUCAGUUGCAGCCAAACUGUCAACCAGAGGCAAGGGCUGUCCGACCAGUCAUUGCGUCUGCUUCAAGAGAACUUGGCAAUGUAGGAUCUGAGCAUGAUUUCAGUAUACAUUUUAAUAGGUUCAAUCCAGAUGGAGAAGAGGAAGAUCCAACUUUGCGUGAAUGACAUAAAUAUUAUGAGUACCUUUAGUAUUGAUUGAAUGUGCAAAAUUCAAUGAGAGUCAUAGCAUCAUUCAGAGUAAAAAAAGAAAAAGCUUGGUAAAAAUGCAGUUGUUUUUUUUUAUACCAGCUACUUAAUUGUGAUGUUUUGGAUGUCACACACUCCACUUGACUCAUUAAGUAAACAUUGGUACCAACAUAGAAAUCAGUAUGUGGUAUUUUAUGGGUUUGACAAGCACUUUGAAUCUUUUCCUCCAUGGUUUAAUUUGUCAAAUCAGAUUGCAAACAGAUGAAAGUCCAACGUUAUUAAAAUGUCUAGGUCUCCUGUACCAAGGUGACUGUAACUGUAUUACUGAUCACCAGAAAUUCCCAGAAAUUAUUGAAUGUUUAAAUUUGAUUCUAAGAAGGGUUAACUAAAUUAAGAUAUAGUACAUUUGAAUACCAUGACACAACAAUAGAAAAAAAAAAGCAGACUUCACAGUAUGUUCAUUCUUGCAUACCGAAGAUUUCAAACUAUUGUGAUAUAUACAACUUGAUUGCUAUGUAAAUUGCCUUGGGGUAUACAGAGCUCAAAUAUUAUGUUUGCACUAAAAAUUUGCUGGGAGUGAAAGGUGAACAUAUCAGUAUCAAUAGGGGCAGAUGACUCUGUACUCAGAAAAGUGGUCACAGUUUAUCUGGGGGGGGGGGGAAAGCAUAGUCAAAAUGGCAUGUGAGUCUGCUUCUGAAAAUAAUCCAUUUAGCCCUUUCUGAUCCUGUUCAAUAUGUCUUUUUUGAUGUUGAUGAAAAUUAAACGUCUUAUUGUUUCUGUCCAGAUGUUUGGAACAAUGAAACCAGUUUAAAUGUAUAGCUAUGUGCAUUUAUUACCUGAAAUCCCUUCUCAUGCUUUGUCACCAAGGUCAAACAAAUACAUUUAUGAGUGCUCCUUGAGAUGAUCAUGAGUUGUAAAAUUUUCUUCAGAAGAUUUGGAGAUAGAGUAGUAAUAAUCUGGCCAAUAGGCUGACUCCAGGCAUACAAAUUGUUCAUGUUUUCCUGUAGACCCUCUAGUGAGACUGUCUUAUAUGUUUAUAAAAAUUACUGGACGAAAACUGCUAACAUAGGCCUUUUGCUUAUCCUGCGUAACAGCAAAGCUAUUAAAAUAUCUCAUAUAAGCCUAUUUUAUCUUUAAAGUUGUCCCAAUAACUUUAACAUUUGGAAAUAAUAAUAAAAGAUAACCUUGUAUUUCCAGAACACUGUAAUUUCAAGGUCUUCUGUUAAAUGCUACUAAUAACUGGAAUUUUCCUAUGUUUUUGCAUCAGUCUAUAAUGGUUACAAAUACAACUUUGAAGCGUUUAUGAAAUAAUCUUUAAUAUUUCAGCAAUAAUCUUAUGUGUCACUUGUUUAAAAAUACUUUUUUCCUGUACAUUUUUAAACUGUACAGGAUUUUGGAAGUCAUGACAAAGUUUGACCAACUAAAUAUACAGAAACACUUUUUGUAGAGAUAUAAAAAUAAAAAAACCCAGAAUUAUCCUAUUGUAUAUUGGAUUUAAUCUUUUUGUUUUAAAAUUAAAAACUGACUCUUAUCAAACUCUGUAUCCCACUCUCUGUUAACAGAGGUCUGAAAAACACUUGUUUACAGGUGUUGUCAGUUUAAACAGAUUAUGACAAAAUGCAUGGAGGACAGUGACAAGAUUUUGGCCAUUGUCAUUCUUUCCUUUAUUUCAUCACUUAAGAGAACAACCACAAACAUGCAAGUAUGGGAAAAUAGGAAAUAGUUAUGGAAAAAAAUAAACAUUUAGGCUCUUCACACAGGUCUUUAUGCAUUUUUUCAGAUGUUUACACCUUUUUAUGUUCUGUAAUAAAUGUUUGCAUUUACAAUGUUCUUAUUUGUAUGGAUGCGUACUCCUUAUUUAUUUUUUGUUACAUAUAUUAUGUAUGUUGUUACAGGCAUUUACAGCUCCAUUUUUAAAUAAAGUGUUUCUGGAACUUUA